GAUCUCACGCGCCCGAUGCGCACCUGCAGCACUGAUUAAAGCGUCUCCUCUCAGGUGACGCUGUUUGUCCCGAUGAGCCGCGCGCAGGCCGAUAUGGACUUACGUCGGUUCAUUUGUUCCAUUUUUCUGGCAAGUCUGACCAUUUCCCGAGGUCAGACUUUGGGAUGCCAUCAAGGCCAGUGGCAGUGUGACGAUGGAAGCUGUAUCCCUGAUAUCUGGAGAUGUGACGGAGAUGGAGACUGUCUGGAUGGAUCAGAUGAAAUGGAUUGCACUGCACCUCCAGGCUCUCCCGAAUGUCCACCGGGUCAGUUUCCUUGUGUCGACUCUGUCGGCUGCGUCGACGCUUCGGCCCGCUGUGACGGACAAAACCAGUGUCCCACCGGCUCUGAUGAGGAGAACUGUGCAGCUACAGAGGGCUGUUUGGACUCUGACUGGACCUGUCGAAACCACAUCUGUAUCCCCAAAGAGCUGCGCUGCAACGGACUGAAUGACUGCCUGGAUAACUCUGAUGAAGAGGGCUGUGGUCUGUGUGGUGAGGACAGCAUACGGUGUCCUGAGGGGACGUGUCUGAGUGCUAAAGAGAGGUGCGACGGGACGAUUCACUGCUCAGAUGGUAGCGAUGAGCCAAUAACCUGCGGUCGUAUUUGCAAUAUGAACAACGGUGGCUGUAGCCACGUGUGCGUCGAUGAACCCUGGGGAGCUCUGUGCACCUGUCCUGUUGGAUACAAGCUCUCUCCCAAUGGAGCAGUCUGCGAAGAUGUGGAUGAAUGUGCCCAACCCUCUGCCCCCUGUAUGCAUCACUGCACCAACACCGUCGGAUCCUACUAUUGCCACUGCAGAGAAGGCUUCAAACUGAAUGGCGGUUCCACAUGUCUAGCUACAGGUAAUGCCACCAGGCUGCUAAUCAUGCAGAGGAACUCACUCGGGCUGUUAAAUGUGAAGUCUCAGCAGUUUGUAGCGAUCCACUCUCCAGUGCUCGACCCGGUGGCCUUGACGUUUGACGUUGCCCGAGGCUGGUACUACUGGGCUGACAGCCACGGCAGCAUUUACAAAAGUGAUGGACAGCACAGCUGGACCAUCUAUACUGGCGAGCCUGGAAUCAAGGGUCUAGCUUGUGAUUGGCUGAAUGGAAACCUGUUCUGGACCAACCUGAAGACCGAGUCAAUCUACAUGCAGGCAGCUGUUGGGAAAAGUUACACUACACUGCUGAGCAAAAACAUCAGCCCAUCAGAGUUGGUGCUUGUACCUGUGGAAAGCUUGAUGUUCUGGAUCGACGGCGGCCACGGUGACAGAGUGACGAUGGAGAAGUCGUGGAUGGACAGGUCAGAAAGAAGCACUCUGACGGUGCUCACUGCUCAGUCGGCCCACAGCCUCACUGCUGACGUAGCUGCCAGGAGGCUCUACUGGAUCAGCGACUAUAAGAAGUCAAUAGAGACGGUGAAGCUGGACGGGACUGGCCGUUACUCCUUCACAGGACUGUUCAACAGGAGACCGGCUCUCAGCCUGGCUGCGUUUGGAAGUUCGUUCUACUGGGUGGAUGACAAAGGCCUGUGGCAGGUUCCUCGGAACCAACCGAACCAGAAGCAGUUCAUCUGGAAAGCCACAAUGCCGAUAUUGGCUGUUUACCACGAGCUGCAGCAGCCUCAAGGUUCUUCUGCAUGUGCAAAGACUCCAUGUGAGCUCUGCCAGCUGACUAAAGGCAACCCUGUUGGAUUCACCUGCGCUUGUCCAAACUCCAAAGUGCUGUUGCCUGAUGGGAAAUGUGAAUAUCCAAGGUUUAUAUACGCUACCAUCAGCAGCAUCAACAUGCUGGAGUUUCGAGGCAGAGAGUCCACUAAAAUCCAGCUGUUUACCACCGACGACAGCAUCCUGUCAUUUGAUGUGGACUGGUACAGAGACUGGCUGUACUGGGCUAACCAAACCGGUCAUAUCCAACGCACCAGUCUAACCCAGGUCGUGACUGAGGUGGUCCCAACACCUUUGCCAGUUUGUCUGAUAAAAAUAGACCAAAGGAGAGGGAACGUUUACUGGGUGUCCUGCGACCAACACAGCAUCGGCACCACCACAGCCGACAAUCAAUAUCCAAAACAACUGUACCACACCAAAAAGGAGAUCCGAGACCUGUACCUGGACUGGCUCAGGGGGGGCAUCAUCUGGCUGGAGGAAGAUCGAGUCCUCACCAUGAGCAUGAUGGGAGGCGUAGCCAAAGAGCUGCUGCAGUUAGCAGGAGGAGUCCAGGGGAACAUCGCCUACGACCUCAGGGCUAAUAUUCUGCUCUGGAACUCAAAAAAAGCAGGUUUGACAACGAUGAGCUUGCUGCAGGAAAGAAGCCACCGAGCUGGCAGAAGAUGGAACAUUUCGGGCUCCAUCAUCGCCGCCUUUGAGCCCUUCCUGUUGUCCCUCUCUGAUGAUGUCAUGACCCUGUGGGACCGGCGUGAUGGGAGCCCCGUCCAGCACAUGACUGUGACAGGUCACGUGCUCAGUGUGAUUGCUGCACUCAGGGAAGUCGGCGCAGUGCAAGAUACUCCAGUCUGCAGUAAGCCCUCUGUGCUGUGCAGACCCACAUCAGUCUGCCUCUCACAAGCCCAGCUGUGUGACGGGAAAAAGGACUGCCCUGAUGGAGACGAUGAGGACUUUUGUGUAACCACAUGUCCAUCUAAAGAGGAUUUCAAGUGCCAGGACAGUAGGGGUUGCAUCUCCAGGAAUCUGGUUUGUGACGGUCGUUCUCACUGUCGUGAUGGCUCAGAUGAGGUCGACUGUCCGACCGUCGCUUCUCCUGCUGCUCGGGCAAAUGUCCUGAAGUGUCGCACGGGCUCAAAGCCAUGCAAAGACGGCACAGAGUGUGUUUUAUACAGCCACGUGUGUGAUGGGGAAAGGGACUGUCGGGAUGGAUCAGAUGAACAGGGAUGUGAUGCCACAGAACAGACCAUGGGAACACCAAAACCAAAUAUGUAUCCAUCAAAAGAAAUGCCACCUGCUACCAAAGCCCCUGUUCCGACUGUGCCGGACUGCAGCAGCCCCUCUGUGCUCUGUCCCCGUUCUGCUGCUCAGCUCUGCAUUUCUCCGGACCAGUUUUGCAACGGGCGUAACGACUGUCCUGAUGGCUUCGAUGAAGAAAACUGCGUGAAAAGAUGUCCCUCUAAAAACGACUUCCGCUGCAACGACCGCAGGAGCUGCAUCUCCGAGAGCCUGGUUUGUGACGGCCGCUCUAAUUGCCACGAUGGCUCAGAUGAGGUCGACUGUCCGAGUGCAACUCUUCGUGCAGCUCGAGCGAACGUCCUGAAGUGUCGCAUGGGCUCCAGACUGUGUCAAGAUGGGACAGAAUGUGUCGUCUUCAGUCACGUUUGUGAUGGAGAGAGAGACUGCCGGGACGGGUCGGACGAAGAAAGAUGUGAUGUUGCAAACGCCGUCGCUCCCAUUCUUCCAGAAAAUGUCCACGUAAAUGAGUCUCCUGCACCCGUCGAGCCAUUUACUCAGCCUCCCACCCAGCCAUCCUGCACCAGUCCUUCAGUACUGUGUCCAGGUUCUUCUUUAUGCAUCAGCCCAAAACAGCUAUGUGAUGGAAAGAAAGACUGCCCUGAUGGAUCUGAUGAGAACUGUGUGAGAAGAUGCCCUUACAAGACUGACUUCCGCUGCACAGACCGUAGGAGCUGCAUCUCAAAGAGCCUGGUUUGUGAUGGCCGCUCUCAUUGCCACGAUGGCUCAGAUGAGGUCGACUGUGCGAGCGCAGCUCCGCCUGUAGCUCCAGCAAACGUCCUGAAGUGUCGCAUGGGCUCCAGACUGUGUCGAGAUGGGACAGAAUGUGUCCUCUUUAGUCACGUGUGUGACGGAGAGAGAGACUGCCGGGACGGAUCAGAUGAAGAAGGAUGCGAUGCCGCAGAGAAUGCCCCAACUACUGCUACAGAAAAUGUCCACUUAAAUGAGUCUCCUGAACCUGUUGAGCCUUUUACUCAGCCUCCCACCCAGCCAUCCUGCACCAGUCCUUCAGUUCUGUGUCCAGGUUCUUCUUUGUGCAUCAACCCCAAACAGCUAUGUGAUGGAAAGAAAGACUGCCCUGAUGGAUCUGAUGAGAACUGUGUGAGAAGAUGCCCUUACAAGACUGACUUCCGCUGCACAGACCGUAGGAGCUGCGUCUCAAAGAGCCUGGUUUGUGACGGCCGCUCUCAUUGCCACGAUGGCUCAGAUGAGGUCAACUGUGCGAGCUCAGCUCCGCCUGCAGCUCAAGCGAACGUCCUGAAGUGUCGCAUGGGCUCCAGACUGUGUCGAGAUGGGACAGAAUGUGUUCUCUUCAGUCACGUUUGUGAUGGAGAGAGAGACUGCCGGGACGGAUCAGAUGAAGAAGGAUGCGAUGCCGCAGAGAAUGCCCCUACCACUGCUACAGAAAAUGUCCACUUAAAUGAGUCUCCUGCACCUGUCGAGCCGUUUACUCAGCCUCCCACCCAGCCAUCCUGCACCAGUCCUUCAGUUCUGUGUCCAGGUUCUUCUUUAUGCAUCAAACCAAAACAGCUAUGUGAUGGAAAGAAAGACUGCCCUGAUGGAUCUGAUGAGAACUGUGUGAGAAAAUGCCCUUACAAGACUGACUUCCGCUGCAAAGACCGCCGGAGCUGUGUCUCCAAGAGUCUGGUUUGUGACGGCCGCUCUCAUUGCCACGAUGGCUCAGAUGAGGUCGACUGUGCGAGCUCAGCCACUCCUGCAGCUCCGCCUGCAGCUCCAGCAAACGUCCUGAAGUGUCGCAUGGGCUCAAAGCCAUGUAAUGACGGAACAGAGUGUGUUUUAUACAGCCACGUAUGUGAUGGAGAGAAUGACUGUAGGGAUGGAUCUGAUGAACAGGGAUGCUCAGAAACCUGCAAGCAAGGUGAGUUUCAGUGCUCCCACGGGAAGAUGUGCAUCCCCGAGGCCGAGGUGUGUGACGGCAAGUCCCAGUGUCGGGACCAGUCUGACGAACUGGACUGCUGGAAACCAACCAAGAGCUGUGAGCAUCGCUGCGCCGACGGCAAGCGCUGCAUCCCAAAGAAAUUCCUGUGCGAUGGAGAGAGAGACUGCCUGGAUGGCACGGACGAGGUGGGCUGCGACCUUGUUACUGCUGCAACUACAGAGUCUCCAGUUCUCCCUCCGGCAUCAACUUGCAUCACUCCUUCAGUUCUCUGUCCCGGUUCAUCAGUGUGUAUCUCUCCAAACCAGCUGUGUGAUGGACAAAGAGACUGCCCUGAUGGAUCUGAUGAAAAUAACUGUUAUGUUCAAUGCAAAAAUCCAGGUGACUUCUUAUGCAGCGACCGGAGGAUGUGCGUCCCCAAGAUGGACGUGUGCGACGGUCGUGCCCACUGCCCCGACGGCUCAGAUGAGAUGCAGUGUCGAUCAGCAGAUCGUAUUGCUCCCUCCUCCAACAAUGUGCCUAGUGCCAGUUCAGCUCCACUGAGGUGCCGCAAAGGUUUCAAGCCGUGUAAAGAUGGCCUGGAGUGUGUUAUGUUCAGCCACGUGUGUGACGGAGAGAGGGACUGCCAGGAUGGAUCAGACGAGGAGGGAUGUGCGGCUCAGUGCAAAGCAGAUGAGUUCCGGUGUGCUCACGGGAACAGAUGCAUCCAGCCGGAGAAGGUGUGCGACGGGCAGUACGACUGUCAAGACCGGUCCGAUGAACUGGACUGUUCAAGACGGAUGGAGGGCUGCCAUCAGCGCUGUGACAACAACACUCGCUGCAUCCCAGAGACCUUCCUGUGUGAUGGAGAGAGAGACUGCGCUGACGGGUCAGAUGAAGAAAAGUGUGGUUUGGUGGCCUGUGCGAUCGACCAGUAUCGCUGUCUUAGCGGUCAGUGCGUGUCCGAGGCCCUGAGGUGUGAUGGCUACGCCGACUGCAGCGACCGCUCUGAUGAGGCGCAUUGCACAAGACCCCCGCGCUGCCCGACACAGCUCCGAUGCCCGCACAGCCACGAGUGCCUGCAGAAAGAGUGGCUCUGUGACGGCGAAGACGACUGCAAAGACGGGUCAGACGAGAAAAACUGCAUGUCGUCACCAGCGAAGUGCAUGGAAUACCAGUGGCAGUGUGGAGACAGCGAUCAAUGCAUCCCUCAGUCAUGGAGGUGUGACGGGAAGAAGGACUGCCACAACGGCGUGGACGAGGACAAAUGCAGCAAGAAAAAAUGCCCCUCUCACCUUUACCAGUGCGGCAGCAGCGAGUGCAUGGACCCCCGCCUGGUGUGCAACGGCUUCACCAACUGUGCCGACAGAUCAGACGAGGGCGCGGGAUGCGCUCAACGCAACUGCUCAAGCCCGUCAGCGCCGCGGUGUGAACACCACUGUGUCAGCACCCCAAACGGACCGAGUUGUUACUGUGCUGCAGGUUUCAGACUACAGUCCAGUGCUGUGUCCUGUGUGGAUAUUGACGAGUGCAACGCAGUGCCACAUGCCGUAUGCAAGCACACCUGCCUGAACACCCGUGGGUCCUACGUCUGUCAUUGCCUCCCUGGUUUCUACCUGGAGCCCGACAACAAAAGCUGCAAGACCAAAGACGAGCCUUUGCUUCUGGCGUCGGUGCAGUCAGAGCUCUUACUACAGGGAGUCCAUAGCGGCACCUUGCGUCGUUUGUCCUCUGCCAAUCGACCGGUCUUCUCCCUGGAUUAUCACUGGGCUCAGAAGAGAGUUUACUGGCUGAGCCCCGACUACCAGAGCAUCCGCUGGGCUGGCAUGACAAACUCAAACAGCAAAGGGACACUUAUCAAAGGAGUGAAGUCUGAUUUCAUCGCUGUGGACUGGGUUGGUAAGAACCUGUACUGGGUGGAUGGACUGGUGGGCCAGAUUCUGGCCGUGAAGCUCAGCGAUACCACAGUGAGAUCACAGGACUACACUGUGGUCCUGGGUGAAGAUCUGGAGCAGCCGAGCUCAUUGGUCCUGCUGCCACACAGAGGGAUGAUGCUCUGGUCAGAGAUCGGCAGCACCCCUCAGAUCGAGCGGUCUGGGAUGGACGGUUCAAAGAGGAAGGUGGUGGUGAGCCGAGGCCUGAGCUGGCCUGUCAGUCUGGCCUAUGAUCUCCUGGACAACAGGGUGUACUGGGCCGACGAGAAGCUGCGCUGCAUCGGCUCGUCCUCUCUGGACGGAGACAACGUCAAGAUCCUCCAGUUAGCCGAGACACCGAGCCCUUUCUCUGUGGCGGUCUUCAAUGACCGAGUCUUCUGGUCCGACACUAAAAAGAGAACCAUCCGCUCAGCUGACAAGAACACGGGCAAAGAUCAAAAGGUUCUUCUGAAGAGACCAGGGCAGCCAUUUGGACUGAAGCUGAUGCAUACCCUAUCCCAGCCAGCCAUAUCCAGCCCCUGUGAUCUGCUGCCCUGCACCCACCUCUGCCUCCUGGCCCCGUCGAUCAGAGGCAAGUCUGGAGCGCUGGGGUCGCUGGGAGCUCCUGCGGCGAGGGGGCCUACGGCAGUCUGCCGAUGCCCAAAGGGGCUGCUACUGUCCAAGGACAAGAUUACCUGCUCUCUGCCUGUGGACUCAACGUUCAUCAUGCUUCUGUCUCGUACCACAGUCUAUCAGAUUCACUUGCACUCCAUGCGUCGUGAUGGUGUCGCUCUGAAAAAGAUGCCAAACGGGCGAGCUCUUGCCCUGCCUGGGGUAACUGAGGCCUCGGGACUGGACGCGUCCAUCCAGGAGCUUUCUCUGUAUGUGGCUGAUGCAGGACAAGGAUCUGUGGAUGUGCUGAAGCUGAGCGGCCCCAGGUCGAGACAGGGACUGAUACCCUCUGGACAAAUCCUAAAGCUGAAGGAGGGCGCCGUGACGGCUCUGGCAGUUGACUGGGUGACCUCCAACCUCUACUGGAGCAGCACGGCGAGGCCUGACCUCCACGUGACCUCCCGCAACGAAGGCUACACCACCGCACUGCUGCAGGGAUCACUGCAGGGCACCACAUCCAUUGCACUGCACCCCCCCUCGGGACGACUUUGCUACACAGCAAUAGUUGUGGCAGGUGGGAAGAGCCAGACGGAGGUGAACUGCGCCUGGAUGGACGGCCGCAACAAAGCAGUGCUGUGGAGGAAGUCGAGCAUCCCCACCUCGCUUGUCUUUUCUUAUCAAGGAACCAUGAUCUACUGGGCUGACACAGGUGAAGAUGUGAUCAGCUCUAUUGGAGUGGAUGGAACGGGAUAUAAACAGUUCAAAACCGGGCCGGGUCUGCUCACCUCCUUCACACAUAUUGAGAACAUCCUCCUCUGGGCCACCCAGGACAAAGAUGUAACCAAACUGUGGUUCAGUGACGGUCUCCAGCCUAACCAACUGUGGUUCGAAACAAAGACCCACGUGGUGGAAGUCAAAGCUUACAGCAACGACAGUCAGUCCGGAACUAAUAGCUGCUCCAACAACAACGGCGGAUGUGUCCAUCUGUGCCUGCCCCAUCCCGGAGGUCACGCGUGUAAAUGCGGCCGGGGUUUCCACGCCGUCAACGCCUCUUCCUGCACACCGCUCCCCGACUGCCCCACCGGGGAGGAAUCCUGCUUUGACGGCAGCAAAUGUAUCAGCAGCAGCAAGUUCUGUGACGGACAUGUGGACUGUCCAGACCAGUCAGAUGAACAGGACUGUCCAAACACAAACUCGGCAUCUUUCGGGACCAAAUCCAGUGAUGGCCGCCCUCCCCAUUCUUCCUCCUCGCCUCACCCCGACGCCCAAAAGAACUCUGUUCUUUCAGUUAAAAAAGACCCGACAUCCUGUGAUCUCCAAAGCUGCAGCGGUCACGGCAACUGCAUCACUGAAGGCAAAGUCACCCGCUGCCAGUGUGCGUCCGGUUACGAGGGAGAGUCCUGUCAAGAGGCAGAAACUGGACGCAGCCACGUGGCUGUGGUACUGGGUGUGAUCUGCCUCGUCGCUGCAUUGACGGCUGCUGGUUUUAUUUUCGUUAAGAGGAGAGGCUGGGCGUCCUUCAGAAGCAGAUCCACGGAGAAGGAAACUCUGAUGGCAAACAUGGGCCUGCCAUCUGAACACGACGAUUCAGACUGUGAGGAGCAGGAGUCCCCAGUAGAUGUGAAGAACCCUCCGCUACCAUUGAAGUCACUACAGCUCAAAUAGAAGUUGUGUAUUCUGAAAUAUGGCAUCACGAGUAAUGCCUGAGAAUGCAUUUCUGUGGUGGUGAAUGUAAACAUGCUGAUGUAGACGGUCUUUUUAUGCAAUAAAAGUGAGAAAGAAAUUGAACCAAAAA